AGCUAUAGGUUCGGUGGCAACUUCUGAAUUCAUAAGCUUCAAAAUCCUGGUGGUCAUUCGGUUGUGUAAAUAGUUUUACCUGGUCAGUGUAUAGAAGGUUAAACGUACUCUUUUUUUUUUUUUUUUUUUUUUGAAUUUGGACCACUUGGACCUACCGUAUUAAUGUAAUAGAGGAAGAAAUAACUACUACAUGGCUCAAGGAUAUAGGACAAUAUAUCACUCGAAAGAAUUACUCUCACUAGUAAAUACAAGCAUUAAUCUUCUAGGUCCUUAAACACAAAAACCAACAAACCUUGUUGGUUUCUUUUUGAUUACUCAAUAUCUAAUUUGUACUUGUAGUGUAUUCAUUACUCUUCACUUGGUCUUCAUGAUUUCUUGAUUUAUUGUCCUUCUUCUACCCCCCAGCCCCUACUGCACCCAAGUUCUUUCCUUGUAGCUAGCUGGCUCCACCCUGAAUUAUUCUGUGAUUUCAUUUCCUUCUGUUUAUAUUUCUGAAACAGCCAUAAAUUCCAUUGAAUGAUCAAUCUCUUGUGACAGGUAAAGGGGUUAAUUCACCGGUUAAGGUAAAAAAGUUGACCAUUUAAAUGUGGCUUAGAUCUUAAAGGUCCAACAAAAAAAUAAAGCAGAAUGGAAGUGACCACCAAUGAAGUUCAAGAUUCAAAGAUGGAAGAGUAUGAAGUGAUAGAGCAGAUUGGUAGAGGAGCUUUUGGAGCUGCAUUUCUUGUUCAUCACAAGUUUGAGAAAAGAAAGUAUGUAAUGAAGAAGAUUCGUUUGGCUAAACAGAUAGACAAGUUCAAGCGCUCUGCCCAUCAAGAGAUGAAUUUAAUAGCCAAGCUAGAUAGCCCUUAUAUUGUUGAGUACAAGGAUGCUUGGGUAGAGAAGGACUCCUUUGUCUGCAUUGUUACAAGUUACUGUGAAGGUGGAGAUAUGGCUGAAAUGAUUAGAAAAGCCAGAGGAACAUUUUUCCCUGAAGAGAGACUUUGCAAAUGGUUGACUCAGUUGUUGCUGGCUCUUGAUUACCUUCACUCCAAUCGUGUUCUUCACAGAGAUCUUAAAUGCUCUAACAUUUUCCUUACCAAAGACGACGAAAUCAGACUUGGUGACUUUGGAUUAGCCAAAUUGCUGAAUAAAAAUGACCUUGCCUCUUCGAUUGUGGGUACUCCAACAUAUAUGUGCCCUGAGCUUCUAGCAGAUAUACCUUAUGGAUAUAAAUCAGACAUAUGGUCUCUAGGAUGUUGUAUGUUUGAAAUUGCUGCUCAUCAACUAGCAUUCCGUGCUCCUGACAUGGCUGGACUGAUCAACAAAAUAAACAGAUCCAGUGUCUCUCCACUUCCAACCAUCUAUUCCUCCACAUUGAAACGACUGAUUAAAAGCAUGCUAAGAAAAAGCCCAGAACAUAGACCUACGGCUGCAGAGUUGUUGAGGCAUCCACAUUUACAACCACACCUUGCUAAAUGCAGGAAUUUUCCACCAGCAUUUGUAUCAGUAUUUCCUGAGAAGGAAGCAAAACAGAAUCCUGAACUAACUCGCGAGAAUUCAACUUCCAAGCCUACAUUAUUAGGAAAAGAUCAAAGGCCUAAGAAGGUAACUAGACAAGAGAAAAAACAAGAGAAAGUUUCUGCAGUCGAUGAACUCAAACGUAUGAGAAUCAAACGUACUGAAUCACCUAAUACGUGUAAGAUUGAGAAAAUGAACGUUCAGAUGAAGAAGGUAGAAAAUCCAGAGAACGAAAGACUCCAAAACAUAUCCGUUAAGAAAAGUGGAAGCACUAAUUCCAGAAGCUCCACAAGAAGUACUUUGACUGAUCAACAUGAAAGAGGUACAAUUGAAGGAACAAUUCAGAAGAUUGAUAUGCCAAUUGAGGGCAAGAAAGUGGCAAAAUCUCAACAAGAAGACAAAAAUAAAUGCUUUUUGAAGAAACUAGGAAUACCAAAACCAUCUAUUGAAGUUACUUCACAUGCCAAUGAAGUUGUAGCAAAAGCCAUUGAUCAUCUAAGUAGUAAUCGGGAUACAGAAAAACAACACGAUGGUCACAAACGAGCAGCGAGUGACACUUCAUUAAUGACUACACCGAGUUUGUUACAAGGGAACAACAAUAAUAUGAGCAAUGAAAGGGCUGAAGCACUAGAGUCAUUACUUGAACUUUGUGCAGAGUUACUUAAGCAUGAAAAGCUAGAGGAAUUAGCUGGUGUGCUAAAACCAUUUGGGGAAGAAGUUGUUUCUUCUAGAGAAACAGCAAUCUGGUUGACAAAAGGAUUAAUGAAUCUCCAAAACCAAGGUGAAGAAGCUGAGAGUUCUUGAGAUUUUCUUGUAAAAUGUAGCAAUAAUUCUUGUUUUUGAAUUGAUUUUGAAUGCAUGUAGAUAAAAGCUUAAAAAGAGAAGAAGAGAGCAAGAUAGUUGUGUGCUAAGAAGCUUCAAAAGUGUCGAGAGAAAAAAUAAGGGUUAAAUUUUUCAGAUAGAGAUAGUAAUUAAAGUUAUUGAGCCAAAUCUAACAUUAGUUUUGAAUAAAUAAAUUUAUUAAUGAAUAUAUAUAAGUUCGUUCAAAAUAA